AUGAUAUAGUAAUAACAAUAAUAAUCCCCUUAUUGGUCUAAAAUAUUAGAGAAUUAAUAGUAGGAGAAACAAAAAAAUGAUUUCUAAUUCAAAUAGGAUCAAGAAUUAAGAAAGUAAAGGUACAAAUAAGAAUUACAAACUGACAUGAUGCUUCAUUAAUAGAAGAAAUAAGUCCAACAAAAUUAAAAUCAACAACUAGAAUCCAUAAUGUUAGAGACUUUAAGAUAGAGGGAAUCCAAGAAAUUAAAGGAAAUGGAGGAAAGAAAGAUUAAGUAAAUUCAGACAAGUUUGGAUAACCUUAAUAAUCUGAUGAUUAAAAAGAAAAAGAAUUUGGAAAGAUCAUACAACAACUAAUAAUUAGAUAAGGAAUUCAUCAGACAGGAAUAAGUGAAGGAAAUGAAAAGUUUAGAGGAAAGAAAAUACAAAAAAGAAGAAGAAGCAAAACUAUUAAAAUAUACAUAUGAUGAUAUGAUCAACAAUAAAAGAAAGUUGAGACAGGAGUAAUAACAAAAUACUCAACCAUCUAUUCUAACCUUAACAAUUGAACAUAAUAGAGGAAAAAUAGAUACAAAGAAGUAUCAAGAGGAUUUAUAAAAGUAACUUGAACAAAAAUAAAAAUAAAUGGAAGAAUUAAGAUUAAAGAAGAUUGAAGAAAGAUAGAAGGUAGAGUAAAAGAUAGAAUUUGAAAAGUAAAGGAUGAUGGAGAAUAAACUCAAAAAUUAUUAAGCCUAUAAAUAAUAUGAGACCGAAAAUUAUGAAUUAUUAUUAGAUAGAAAAUAAUAAUAAUAUAGUAAUCCAUAAGAAUUAAAAUUACUCCAGAAUGAAUCUUAAAAUAAAUUACCAAGAAUUUAUCAAGAUAAUUAUUAUCCUAUUGAACGUAAAAAACAAUUAGAAUUACUUGAUAGAGAUCUAAUAAAGUAUUAAUUAUUACAAUAGCAGCAAAAGAUUAUAAACAAUAAUCAUACAAUUAUAAAUCCAGCCUAAAUUCAUUUAUAAGAUGGAACUAGAUCUGAAAGCUCUAAACAUACAAAAUAAUCGAAAUAAGCUUCAAAUUCUUUGAAUUAAUAAGUUCCAUAAUAGUAAUAAAAAAUCUAGGUCUCCACUCCUUCUCAAAAAUAAAGGAAUUCAAAUUUUAUUGGAAAUAGCCCCAUCGUUCCUUUGAAUUAAAGAUAUGUUCCAAAAAAAAGAAGCUUUAAUAUUGUUACAGGAAUCAUAACUCCUAAUUGA